AUGCUCAGGCAACUCGCAAGGACUGCUGGAAAGGCUGCACAACGACCACUCGCACGCUCACUUGCUACCCAGGCUUUGUCCCGCCCCGCCCUGCGCUCCCCUCGCACUCCCUCAUCGCCCUCCGUCCUCAUGCGCCAGGCAUCCUCGACCACCCCGCACUCGUCGACCGUCGACCCGCAGGAGAGCGCGGCGCAGCAGGCUUUGGACGAGGGAACCGAGGCGCUGAGCAGGGGGGACCUCGAGACGGCGAAGAAGGCGUACGAGCGGAGCGUUGGGAUUAAGCAGACGUCUGUCGGCUACUACAACCUUGGAGUCGUCCAGUACCAACUCCGCGACCUCGCCUCGGCGAUCACCUCCUUCGAAGCGUCAAUCGAGCAUACCCCUUCUUCCGUCAAGCCCACCUUCCCCGAUCCCGACGCGCCUACACCCGAACUCACGCCCGCACAAGCCAUCCUCGCCGACACCCACACCAACCUCGGCGCCGCGUACAUCUUGACGAGCCCGCCGCGGCCGGAGAAGGCGCUUGAGCACCUGCAGAAGGCCUUGAUGAUGAACCCCGACGAUGGAGAGGUCUGCUACAACCUUGCCGCGGUUCUCGAAGCGACGGGCGAGCUGGACGAGGCGCUCAUCGCGUACGAGCGGUCAUUGAAGCUGGGCAUUGCGCGGGCCGAGAUCAACGUUCGCAACAUCUCUGCCAAGAUCAUCGGCAAGCGGCGCGAGGAGGAGGAGAAGGCGAAGCAGACUGGCGGUUCCGUCGCCUCCCAGGACGUCUCGCCGUCCUCAUGA